AUGAGCAGUUAAAGUUCUUCUAGAAAUUCUGCAGUCAAAGCAACAUUAAAAGUUUAUUCUGAAAUGAGAGAAGAUGAAAGUUGUAAAUUAGCAAUGAGAUUUACACAAUUAAAAAUAGUUCUAGCAACUCAUAAAUUAGUGGGAUUCUGUUAUAAAAUUAAAUCAGUAAGAUUACAGCAUUAUUUUGAUGUUUUAUUAUUAACAAAGACAUCAAAUAUACAAUCUGUACCAAUUUUAUAAAAGCCUUAAUAAGUGUAAAUUUAAUAUUUGACACCUCCCACAAAAAAGAAAAGUGUAAAAUUUUAACCAAAAUAUUCAAUUGCACCCUUCUUGUUAUUAUAAUCAAUAAUUAAAUAACAUCUUCAUAAAAACUUCAAUAUAUUACAAUAUAAUCAAAAUAACAAAAAUAAGCAAAUCUCCUUUAAUAACAUUAUAUUGCAAUUAUUUAGAAAGAAAUAAACUUAGAACUUCGGAAUUCUAAAAACAAGACUUUUAUAAUCAAAGACGUUUAGACGAAUUAGUUUAAUAAUUAAUCAAAAAAUAAAAUCAAUAUAAUUAGAAGUUUUAUUAACGAUUUCCUAAAAUAUAAAUAAUAUUAAUCAUCAUUCUUAAUAAGUAAGUUUAUUAGAUUCGGAAUUCUCAUAAUAAUAAUAAAUAAUAUAAGAAAAUGAUAAUGAUAUACAUGAACAUGAAAUAAAUAAUUAAAUGAUGAGUGCAAAAGAAUAAUUAGCCAUGAAAUUUGCUAGUACGUCAUUAUUAAUAGGAAUUUUAAGUUAAGUGAUGAUAAAAGCAUAAUUUGCAUUUUUAUUACAUUUAAGAUAAGGAAACAAUUAAAAAUAAGAUAUAAGAGAAAUUAAAUCAAUUGAUAUAAGUGAAAAUUUAGAUUAAUCUUAAAUUGAAGAAGAAAAAAUAAAACCAAAAAUAAUUGCUGCAAAUCAAAUUAAUCAUUUCUUAAUUUAAAAGCUUAAAUAAUAUUUUGAUUAGAUUAAUGAAUGUCCAUCUAGAAGUGCUAGUCCAUUUAGAAGUUCUAGUCCAACUAGAAGUGCUAGACCAUCUAUUAAAUUCUUUCAAGGAGAAAAGAAAUCUAGAUCUUAAAAUUUAAAUUUAAAAUUGUUAUUAGUUGGUUAGAAGAUGUUUAAGGAAGAUGAUCCUUAAUAAAAGAGUACAGAUAUUACUGCUAAUGAAAAAAAAAGUUCAUUUAAUGUAUUACCUGGAGUUCGUUAUGUAACAUAAUAUUCUGAUAUUUCAAAAAAUGCCAUAUCUGAUGUAAUAAUUAAAAAACAUUAUUUAGAGUGAAGCAACUGAAUAAUCAAUUAUUACUGAUUCUAUUAACACAUAAUAAAGUAUAAGGACUUCCAUUCUAAUGAAAAAAUAAACUAAUUAACAAAAUAAACAAAAUGAUAAAAAAGAAACACUUAAUUCUGCAAUAUAAUAAUAUUGUAUAUAUCUAUGUAUAAUUUAUUAUAGUGAUUCCAAUUAAAAGUUAAAAAAAUUCCCCUGAAAGAGUUUCUAAAAAAACAAUUGAAAAACAAAAUAAGAGUCAAUUCUCUAAAAUUACAUUUUUGUACUGUUUCCCUAUUAUUAUUAUCAUCUUAAUAAUAAUUUUAAUGAAAUGA